CGUGCUUCUGAUCACGUGAGGCGGGAUUCUUUGGCCGGGAGGACCAGCGGGAGCUCAGGGUUUAGGAGCCGUUGCUGUGGACGGAGAGACGGGGACGUGAGUGGCCAUUGUGGGCGGUCAAGGUGCCGGUGAGCCCACCCCCCCCAUCUGCUCCGUGUGUGGGCUGAGCUUCGAUGGAGGACCACAUGACGGGGCACAACAAGGAGAAGCGUUAUGAGUGCGACGUGUGUGGCAAGGCCUGGCAGCACCCGAGCCUGCUGGAGACCCACCGGCGGGUGCACACGGGAGAACGGCCCUUCGACUGCUCCGACUGCGGUAAAAGCUUCAAGUCGUCCACGGACCUGAAGGUGCACAGGCGCAUGCACACCGGGGAGCGCCCCUACACCUGCAGCGACUGUGGCAAGGGCUUCAGCCAGACCAACCACCUGCUGAAGCACCAGCGCACCCACACCGGCGAGAAGCCCUAUGGCUGCUCCCACUGCGGUGAGAGCUUUGCCUGGUUGUCGGGGCUGCUGUAUCACCGGCGAAUGCACAGCAGUGAUCGGCCCUUCAUCUGCUCCGACUGCGGCAAAGGCUUCAAGACGUCCACGCACCUGAACAUGCACCAGCGCACCCACACCGGGGAGCGGCCCUUCACCUGCAGCGACUGCGGCAAGGGCUUCACCCGUUCCUCCAGCCUGCUGUCCCACCAGCGGGUGCACGCCGGCGACCAUCCCGUCCCCAGCCCGGUGUGUGAAGAGCGCUUUGCCAUGCCCUCCCUCGCCCUGUCUCACCAGCAGGUGCACAACAGCGGCCAGCCCCACGACUGCCUGUAUUGCGGUGAGGCGUUUGCCAGCUCGCGGGGGUUGCGGCAGCACCGGCGGACCCACGCCGGCGAGCGGCUGCUCCCACUGCAGCAAGCGUUUCAAGAGAGCAUGGAGGCUGCGGGAGCACCAGCGGAUACACACCGGAAAGAGACCCUUAGUGUGUGCUGAGUGUGGCUAGGGCUUCACCCGCCUUGACCACCUGCUGGAGCACUGGCGAGACCACACCGGCCAGCAUCCCUUCACCUGCCCGCCCUGUGGCAAGGCCUUUUCCCGCUCCAGUCUGCUGGCACAUCGCGACAUGGUUAGAUAGGCGCUGUUUAGGUAGACACAAAAUGCUGGAAGGAAUGGGUAACGUUUCGGUUCGAGACCCUCUUCAGUCUCGGCACCCAUUCCUUCUCUCCAGAGA